ACUGUCACACUCUGCUGCCGGGUGUCCUCCUCCUCGGUCUGCCGUGCUAACCUGGAUUAUCUGCCUGUGCGUGUCUCACACAACUGCUGCAGCAGCAACUCAAUCUGACUCUCAUUCACUCCUUUAUCAUGCGAGUUUGGACCUGAGUGGGUCACAAACGCGUCUCUCCUCUCGGCUACUUUGUAAAGUGAGUGUUUCACGUCAAUGCCAGAUUUAGCCACGAUGAACAAAAACGGAAUGAUGACAAAAAUCCACACGAGGAUAAGAAGUGACCCGUUCACGGCCGCGUACGACCUGGUCGGCAGAGAGCUGGGCAGGGGAAAGUUUGCGGUGGUGAAGAAGUGCAUCGAGAAGGCAACGGGGAAGCAGUACGCCGCCAAGUUCUUGCGAAAGCGACGGAAGGGUGAGGACUGCCGCAUGGACAUCUUGAACGAGAUUUCUGUGCUGGAGUCGGCCAAGGCAAACCCGUAUGUGGUGGCGCUGCACGAGGUCUACGAAACCAACACUGAAAUCAUCCUCCUCCUUGAGUGCGCCGCCGGUGGUGAGAUCUUUGACCAGUGUGUCGCCGAUGACGACGAGACCUUCACAGAAAAAGACGUGAUCCGGCUGGCCAAGCAGAUCCUGUCCGGCGUGGCCUUCCUGCACCGAAACAACGUGGUGCAUCUGGAUCUGAAGCCUCAGAACGUCCUGCUGACCAGUGCCAGACCCUUGGGGGACAUCCGCAUCGUGGACUUUGGCUUGUCCAGGCGCAUGGACAACCUCACAGAAGUCAGGGAAAUCCUGGGUACACCAGAGUAUGUGGCGCCAGAGAUCCUCAACUAUGAACCCAUAAGCACUGCUACAGACAUGUGGAGUAUCGGGGUCCUGACCUACGUCAUGCUCACAGGCGAGUCUCCCUUCCUGGGAGACGACAAGCAGGAGACGUUCCUCAACAUCUCCCAAGUCAACGUAGACUACUCACUGGACACGUUUGAAGGCAUCUCCUCUCUGGCUGUCGACUUCAUCAAGUCCUUGUUGGUUAAAAACCCCAGGAAGAGAGCCACAGCAGAAGAAUGCCUCAACCACCCCUGGCUGAACCAGCUCCCCCAUCCCCACUCCCACCCGCAUCUCCACUCCAGGUCGGCCUCGUCUCUGGACGAGCCGGAGACGAGCCAGUCCGAGUCGGAGCCCGAGAGCCCGGCUCCCUCCCCCGACCUGGACUUGAUCGGUUCCUUCCUCGCGUGCCCGGGCCAAAGUGGGCUAAAAGCGGGCCGCGGCGCCUUCUCCUUCAGCGAGCCCCUCUUUCCCACGCGACCUGAAAUCGCCCGAAAUCAGCAGGAGCUGAUGUGCUGAGUUGAAGGAAAGGGACUGAACAAAUUCAAACUCGAUGGGAGUGGACGGCUUUGAAAAGCGAGCGCUGUGAGCCUGCAGCGCCUGAAAGUGACGCCGCGGCGCCGUGCUGUGUGGAUGCUGCGCGCCUGCUGUUGGCUGCUUCUACUGCUGUGAUGUCUCGGCUGAGUGUAGUCUGAUACCUCUGUGUGAAUGUGUGGUCGAUGUGUGUGUUGUGUGCGAGUGUCCGUGCUGAUUUAUGAGUGCACGGCAGGGACGUGAGACUGUGUCGCGGGACUGCACUGCUGCCUUUUUAUUAAAGUGACAAAAAGUUGAACCGCGCUCGGCUUUAACGGCGGGGCUGUAGUUCACCCCCCUGCACACACACAAACUCACACACACUGGUUUCUCCUUUUUUUUGUUUUUUUAUCCAAUGAAGCCUUUUUUGAAGAGAAGAGGCAGGGAAACGACUUCACUCACUGUGUGCGCUCAUCAAAACAUGUUACGCUUCAGCUGACCCAGACAUAUCGUCUGUGGUGAGUUCUCUUGAAGGAAGUGAAGGGUUUUGACAGGUGGUUCUGCUUAAUGAAGAGGAUGGCACCAACGCUGAAGCCCCACCCACUGUUUAUUAUUAUUAUUAUUAUUAUUAUUAUUAUUGUUGUUGUGCUUAUUUAUGUGUUCUGUUAAACCACGUUGGCCCCUUUUUAAAUAUACAAAGCCACUCUUGACAUGGAAAUGGUAGCAUUCUUAUUCUUAUAAGGACAAUCGAGCACUUUUUUAGUUUGUUGUUGGAUUUCUGUGUGAUCGUAACCAACCAAAGGCACAGUCACCCGUCACCACGUACUGUACAUGCAAACCACCAUCCACUGUCUUUGCCACGUGUUUUCCACAAAGUGCCACGUUGUCAACCUCAACAAAUUCAUUUAUUAUUAUUAUUGUUAUUAUUUCACUUUGUUUGUUCCGUUGGCUCUUGCACAAGUCGCACAAGUUUUGUUUUUGUACGUAACUGCAUUGUUGCCACUAGAUAUCAUGCUCUUUAACAUCAGUCAUGAUUGGGGGGGGGGCGGGGGAGUGGCCAGAGGUUUUUGUUAUUACUGUUAUUGUUAUUAUAAUAAUUGUUGUUAUUAUUAUAAUAGAUGAACGAUGACAUGGUCAACUGAAGAGCCCAGAGAUGUAUAAAUAUGUGAUGUUUGCCUUCAGAUACUCGGGAGCAGAGAAACAAAAAAGAAUUCUCAAAAGUACUGAAAUGUAUAUUGUGAGUUAGUAUUAGAUAUAAUAUGUAAGGAUAAUUGUUUUGUUUUUUUUACCAGUGUAUGAAUGUCAUAACAUAAUUAUCGAUAUAUAUAUAUGAGUCUUAUUUUGUACUUAUUGUUGUUUUCUGCUCAUGGAUUUCAGGCAGGUUUGCACUUGUCCCUGUGGACUUUCUGUUUAAGUGAAUAAAUGUUGAUGGCAUGCAUUGCAAAAUGUAACCAAGAAGAAAAACAAAAAACAAAUACAUGUG